UUUCUGUUUCUCACUUUAAAUAAUAACUGAAAGAAAGUUACCAAAUAUUUUUCUUUUUUUGAAAAUGGGUUCAAACUCGUCAACCGCAGCUUCAACAGAAGUUUCUACCAUUGUGAAGCACUGGAGAGAGCAUCCUCCUUCGUCUUAUUCCCUUAAGAUUCACAACUUCUCCGAACUUGAGAAGUCGACUGCCUUAUCUGAUAAUAAAUACCAAUCUCGUCUUUUCACCUAUGGUGGAUAUAACUGGAGACUGAUCAUAUACCCAAAAGGGAACGGAGAAGACAAUGUGAGAGGAUUUAUUUCCAUGUACGUGGAAAUAGAUAGCGAAAGCUUGAUGCUAUUCACACCACCUACAGAGAUUUUUGCGGAACUUCGUUUCUUUGUCUAUAACAAGAAAGAAAACAAGUACUUUACUAUUCAAGAUGUGGGAGUAAAACCGUUCAGUGAACUUAAAACGAGGUGGGGCUUGCAGCAAGUUCUUCCACGUGUUACAUUCAAUAACCCUGACAACGGUUACAUCUUUGAGGGAGGUCAAUGUGAGUUUGGUGUUGAUGUCAUUGUUGCUCCAUCCCUUACCAAUUGGGAAGUCCUCUCUUUUACUAAGAAAUACUUUGAUCCUAAGUUCUCUUGGACUAUAAAAGAUUUUUCUGAGUUGAAAGAGGAUGUCCAGAAAUCAAACAGUUUUCCAAGGGGAGGAAAGGAAUGGGUUCUAGCGCUGUAUCCGAAGGGAGCCUUAGGAGCAGAUGGAAAAUGGUUAUCCAUUUUUCUGUGUUUAGCCGAUAGUGAUAAACCAGAAGCUGAUGAGAAGAUUUUCGUGCAAGCACGUUUCCGAGUUCUUAACCCAGUUGGAUCCUAUCACUUUGAAUAUCCAUUGGAAACGUGGUACACAGAACAAACCCCGGCUUGGGGUUGGGCUCAGUUCUUACCUUUAGCAGAACUUCCAAAGGUUUACUUGGACAAGGAAGACGCGCUUAAAGUUGAGAUCGAAUUUAAAGUUGUUUCUGAGACCAAAUACUCUUUCAAAGAGGCGGAUCCACUUGAAAAGGACUGGGUUCAAUUAACACCAGAAAGUUAAAUAAAUUAGAUUCUAGGCUGUUUUCAUUAAUAAAUUAGGGCAGAGUUGGUCUAAAGCUCUAAUUUUCAUUACUUUUAGAAUUCCAUUGUUUUUGUUAAGCACAAUUUGAAUUUUUCCUAUAAAUUUGGUUUUUUUUAAAGAAAACUCCCCUUUGCGCUUUGUUAAACUAAGCAUCACAACAAUUAGGGGUCGACCCCGGUAACAAAGAAAAAAUCCAUAAAAAAUUGGGAUCCGACACCGUAAUAAAAUACUACCAUAAUGGUUGUUGGUAAACAGAAUUAAUCGGAUAGAUAUCGAUAAUAUGAUAGUGACGUCUUUGUCGUUGUAAGACAAAUAUUUUUCCCUUAAAGAUGUACGUUGCAUUCACUUUGAACAUACAGGAGUGUUGGUUACAACAAAUAUGGGAAUGAUAAAGGAAAACGUAAUCGAUGAAAAUAAAUGAAUCACACAUUGAAAUGAUGUUCAUGAAACAACAAUUCAACUCUCAAGAACAGUGAUGACUGAUGACAUGAGAAACCAUGGGAACUUUCCCAGAAAAACAGAGGAAAAGAUGAAGAAGAACUAUCACUUGUGUCGUGGAGAUGUAGUUUUCAAUCAGAAACCAGCCUGGUUUGCAUUUUCCCUUUCUUUCUCACGGGGUAAUUAGCUGAGAGUUUCAAAUUCGUUUAUAUACAUCAUUGACUUCUUGUUAUACCAUUUGGUUUUUGUUUUGCAUGUAUUAGUUUGUACACCAAACAAGUUUAGUUAAUUAUUAGUAUCAAAAUUUACAGACACAAUAACCGAUGAAAGCGUUGAGGUCGGUAUUUUGUGUGCAGCCUCAUAGAUGAUGCUGUUGCGCCUUACGAGACAAGCAGCUUUAACUUCCCAUUUGAGAGACGAUAACGUGAAAGAGAAAACAAAACGCAAUAUUUGAGAAAUGUCUUCAGAAUCAAAACUCAACGGAUAACAAUAAGUAUUUCCCUCAACUUCUGCAACCAGUACCAUUUGCUAGAACAGAUCCAUUAAACAUUUUUUUUUUC